UAAUGGAAGCAUACAUGAGUUCUGUCUUUGGUCAGCACGAUGAAACGGGUCCAAACGACGUCGUCUCUCUCACCUAAAUUAAAACCUCCGGGGCGCAACUGAGAUCCAGACUCGGAUUCAAAAAUGGAGUUCCUAGACGAGGACGCAAGGCCAAGGUUCCUCUUCCAAUCCAAACCCGUGACGUCAUCUUCAUCAGAGUCCAACGAGCCUCAGAAUCUCAGCAAGCCCUUGAUCGCCGCCACCGUUAUAGUCUCGCUGCUCCUACUGGCUCUCUCUUUCUUCUUCCUCCAAUCCGAGCCCUACCAGUCUCUCCUUAUCUGGGUCGCUGUGUCGGUCCUCGUCGGCCCAUUCGCGCCGCCGUCUGUCACCGGCGGCGACAUAAGAGUCGGCCGCGGCGCGAUCGUGGAGUUCCCGGAGGCUAUCGGCGAGGUGGAGGAUAAGAGGGCUUCGCAGAAGAGGCAGAAGCCGCGGCGGGGAGAAGAUUCCGGCGGGAGUUCGGCCGGAAAUGGUGAUGGGUAUGUGAGGGAGGAGAGAAAGGUGGAGGCUUUGGGAGGUGGUGGGAAUGGGGUUAGGGUUUUGGAGGAGGAAGGAGAAUGGGGUGAGGAGGAUGUGGAGGUGUUGAAGAAGCAGAUGGUGAAGAAUCCGGUGGGGAAGCCGAGGCGGUGGGAGGUGAUUGCUGAGGGGUUGGGAGGGAGGUAUAAGGUGGAGAGUGUGAUCAAGAAGGCGAAAGAGCUGGGGGAGAAGAGGGUGAGUGAUUCGGAUUCGUAUGCCGAGUUUUUGAGGAAGAGGAAGUUUAAUGAGAAGAAGGUGGAGAGUGGGAGUGAGGAAAUGGGGGAGGAGGGCCAUGCUGAUGGUGGAGUGAGUUGGGGUGCGAGUGAGGACAUUGCAUUGCUUAAUGCGUUGAAGGCGUUUCCGAAGGAGGCGUCGAUGAGGUGGGAGAAGAUUGCAGCUGCUGUGCCGGGGAAGACCAAGGCGGCUUGUGUGAAGAGAGUGGCGGAGUUGAAGAAGGGAUUUCGGAGCGCUAAGGCUGCGGCGGAGGAGUAGAUUGGAGGAUCAGUUUUGAUUUGGAAUUUGAGGAAGGUACUUUGAUGAAUCGUUGAGUUUUAUUUUGCGGUAUCUGUUGAAUUUGAGAUCAGGGUCUUUGUUUUGAGUCGGUUAUGGUCGAUGAGAAAUGUUAUUUUGAUUACAAUCAUGAAAGA